CUUCUAUUCUCUCCGAUCUACCUAUAAAACCCAUCUCAAUUGGCUGAAACCCUAGCCUCAUUCCGCAUUUGUCACUUCUCUCGUCGAUCAAAGAACAUCUUCUCUACAACCUUCGAGGAUCGAGCGUUGCAAUGGCGAGAAUUAAGGUUCACGAGUUGAGACAGAAGACCAAGGCCGAUCUUUUGGCCCAGUUAAAGGAACUCAAGGCUGAGCUCUCUAUCCUCCGUGUCGCCAAAGUCACUGGCGGCGCCCCUAACAAACUCUCCAAAAUUAAGGUGGUGAGGCUGUCUAUUGCCCAAGUUCUGACAGUGGUAUCACAGAAACAGAAGUCUGCAUUGAGGGAAGUCUACAAGAACAAGAAGUAUUUGCCUCUUGAUCUGCGUCCAAAGAAAACCAGAGCCAUUCGCAAACGUUUGACCAAGCAUCAGCAAUCAUUGAAGACUGAGAGGGAGAAGAAGAAGGAAAUCUAUUAUCCAUUGAGGAAGUAUGCCAUUAAGGUGUAGAGAGGUUCAGAUCAUUUUGUAAGGUGUUUUUAUUUCUAAGUGUCUUGAUAUCUUGUUUAAGUGAAGGAGAUUUUGAACUUUACCCUGUUUCUUUAUUAUAUUGCAACUUUGUUUUGAA